AUGGAGCACUUGGGCGAAUAUCCGUUGCUUCUUGAUCAUAUAAUUCAAUCCGAAAUUUCUGCAGAACUGCUACUUGAUGAUAAAGUGAUAACAUGUGCAAAAUUCGAUCAGAAAUAUGCAGAGCGCGUUGACAAUCGUCUGGAAGAGGAGUUUCCAGAGCAUAUUAUAGGUUGCAAAGAGUUAGACGAGGAUGACAAAAUUGUCACCGUCACUUCAAGAAAUACUCUUACUAUUCGGAAGUGUUCAGAUCUCGACAUAGAAUCAACUAUUCAAUGUGAUUAUUUUGCCACGUCGAUUUGUUCACUUAUUCAUGGAGACUCUGUUGCUUCUUGCCACGUGUUUUUUGGAAGUGUCAUCGGAGAUUUAAUUGAUUGGAAACCAAAUAAAGAUAAAAAGCUUGUGAUGAGAAAAGGACAUAAGGGAAUGAUCUUCUCAAUUGUCACUGACGAGACACGAAUUUUCACGAUUUCUGAUGAUCGAACAGUUCGGAUGUGGUUGAUUUCAGAUAGAGAGGGCGGACCAAUCUGUACUGUCUUCGGCCAUACCGCCCGUCCAUUUGCCAUUUCCAUCGAUACCGUUCACUUCACAAUCUACACAGGAGGCAUUGAACAAACCUUGUUUUGCUGGAAGUACGAUAACGAUUCAAUCAAAUUAUUUCAAAAAAUACCACUUUCAUUUGGUGUCAUUCGUAAAAUCACAAAAAUCGACAAUAACUUGCUCGCUAUUAGUUCACAAAAUGGAGAUUUGUUGAAAAUUCGAAUUAAUGAAAACCCGUAUGUUUUGGAAAUACUGAAGGAAGAUGUAGUGAAUUUCGCUUAUUUGAAAGAUCGAUUGGUGAUUUUGACAAGCAAAAAUGAACUGUUCGUCUAUGAUUCUGGUCUAAUGGAUCGAAUCGUUUUUCGAAGUAAAGAAAUGAAACAUAUGGCAUCAUCAGAAGAGUCAGUUGUGGCAUGGAAAGACAAAAUUAUGAUUCUCAUCUCAGAAGGAAGUGUUACUCGACUGACACUAUCAAUGAAUAUCAUAUCCAUUUCGGUCUACAUGAACUAUGUGACGAUUAAAACCAUCGAUGGUUACAUUCAAGUCUACGAUUUCUACGAUCCAGAACAUUUGCGAUGCUUGAAUCGAUUCCGUCUGAAAAAUGCUGCAAUGAUUCCAUCUGUGACAUCAGUUGCUCAUCGCACAUUGAUUAUUGGAACUACUCAUGGAGAAAUCUAUCAUUCAGAUUUACGUAAUGACACAGAUAAAGUACUUCUGAGUUUGACUCGCCAAGAUUCAUAUGAAAUAUUCGGUGGAAAAGAAGUGACAUGCAUUCAUCCGAUUCCCAAAACAACAAUGUUCAUGACACUUGGAAAGACUGGAAUAUGGAGUACAAUGCGUGUGACACCCGAGGAUACUGUAAAAGUCAUGAAUUCUAGAAGCUUUUCGGCAGCGAGUCGAGUCGCAUGGCCAUCCAAGUUCAUUGAAUGGAAUAAUGGUCAAGAGCUUCUGAUUGCAGGAUUCUACGGGACUUCUCUAGUAAUCUGGAAUUCAACAACGGGACUUCCAGUCUCCGAAAUAUAUUGUGGAGGCGGGCACCGUAUUUGGCAAUUGAAUCCUUCGUCAUCUGAUGAACACUCUUUCAAUUUCGAUUAUAUUCGAGAAACUGAGUAUUGCCGGCAAAAAAUCGACUUCACGGAGAAAGUAUCCCUCAUAAGCACCGCCCAUUCUUCUACGAUUUUCGCCGCUUCUGGAUCCGAAAAUUACUUGGUCACAGUGUCUCUAGAUGGUCAUUUGUCUAUUGGAACGAAUAAAGGAAAUCCGAUUCUGACAAUGUUUGUUGGAGAGAACUUGCUGUCCACGGAUGUUUAUGAAAAUCACGGAGAGAAGCAAUCAGAAGUUUUCGUAUUAACCGGGGGUGGAAAAUCCAAGUUUUCGGUCUUCCGAUUCCAACCUGAUGAUCUGAAGAAGUACAAUGUUUUCUGGCUUCGAAGCGUGGCACGUCCAGAUGAAGGACGGAUUGUCGCUGUGAAGACGUGUCGCCUUCAGAAUCAAAACUAUUUUAUUGCAUCCUAUUCGUCUGGAGUUAUUGAGAUCUUCAAAAUAUCCAAAGAUGACAAUAACCUUGAAUCCACGAGUCGCAUAGAAAUCGAGGAUUCUUUGGGAAUCGGUGCAAAAAUGGAUUAUUGUGAAAAAGAUGGUAAAUUAUUUGUUGGAACUAGUGGAAGUUACGUGUUGGCAUACAUCUUGAAAGAGAACGGGCGGUUGGAAGAAGAAAAUAAACUGAAACUGUCAGAUCGUAGUGGUGUCACCUCAAUUGCAAUAUCACCAGAUGGCUCCGCCCACUUUGUUGGUUGUGAUUCAGGGCACGUAUAUCAGUGCCACGCCACAGAAACAACAAAAAUCCAUUCACAUCUAUCUACAGUUGUGGGAAUCGUUGUUGAUAAAAACGACUUGGUUCAUUCCACAUCACUUGACUGUGUAGUGUUAACAAGUUACGAGCCUUCUGAAUUUCAUCUGAGGAAACCGACGAUUAUUGAUAUGCCAAAUGGAAUGGUCAGGACUGGAGAAUCUACUAUCAUCGUAGUCGGAGAUGGCAUUCAGAUAAUGAAAAAAUUCUAA